ACCCAUGGAGCGGAACAGCGGGCCGGAGGCUGGGCCGGAAGCGGAGCUGGAGGAGGGGGAGCCCGAGGUGAAGAAGCGGAGACUCCUGUGUGUGGAGUUUGCUUCCGUCGCGAGUUGCGACGCCGCUGUGGCUCAGUGCUACCUGGCCGAGAACGACUGGGAGAUGGAAAGAGCGCUGAACUCCUACUUCGAGCCGGCCGUGGAGGAGAGCGCUUCAGAAAGCCGUCCUGAGUCCCGCUCUGAGCCCGAGUCCUGUGUUGACCUAACCAAGGAAGAGACAAAUGAUUCCGUUCGUUCUAAAACCAGCACAUCUGAAGAUAAAAGUGUUCAGCAAGAAGAUGGCAGCGUAUUCUCUUUCAUUACCUGGAAUAUUGAUGGAUUGGACAUGAACAAUCUGCUAGAGAGAGCUCGAGGGGUGUGUUCAUAUUUAGCUUUGUACAGCCCUGAUGUGAUAUUUCUACAGGAAGUUAUUCCCCCAUAUUAUGCCUACCUAAAGAAGAAAGCAAGUAGUUACGAGAUUAUUACAGGUCGUGAAGAAGGAUAUUUCACAGCUAUAAUGUUGAAGAAAUCGAGAGUGAAGUUUAAAAGCCAAGAAAUUAUUCCUUUUCCAAAUACGCAAAUGAUGAGAAACCUUUUGUGUGUGCAUGUGAGUGUGUCAGGAAAUGAGCUUUGCCUUAUGACUUCUCAUUUGGAAAGCACCAGAGGGCACGCUAAGGAACGAAUGAAUCAGUUGAAAAUGGUUUUAGAGAAAAUGCAAGAGGCUCCAGAAUCAGCUACAGUUAUAUUUGCUGGAGAUACAAAUCUCAGGGAUCAGGAAGUUACCAAAUGUGGUGGUUUACCCAACAACAUUUUGGAUGUCUGGGAGUUUUUGGGCAAACCUAAGCAUUGCCAGUAUACAUGGGAUACACAAAUGAACUCUAAUCUUGGAAUAGCUGCUACUUGUAAGCUUCGUUUUGAUCGAAUAUUUUUUAGAGCCUCAGCAGAAGGUGGCCACAUUAUUCCCCAAAGUUUGGACCUGCUUGGGCUGGAAAAACUGGACUGUGGUAGAUUUCCCAGUGAUCACUGGGGUCUUCUGUGCAACUUAGAUGUAAUAUUGUGAACUGCUUUUCAAAUACGAGUUUUAAAUGUUUGGAGUGAUUUUGUUCUGUGAUUAUAAUUUCAAUUAUAAUUUCUAUCUGUCCUGGAAAGGUAGUUUAACAAGGAGGAGUUAUAAACUGGAUCACUGUAACAGAAGGAAAAACUACUGUGAUUUUACUUUGUGGAUUGUGUCCUCAGAUUUCAGAACUAAAUCUUAAUAUUCAUUUAAACUAAAGCAUACCUGUGUUGAAAACGUGAGGCCUCUUAAUGCAAGGUCACAAUGACUACCAGAGCUUUUAAUAGUGCUCGUUGCUGCUGGCUGGAUUUCAAGCAGGGCCACAUUUUGUCUGUGGACUAGCCUUUAUAUUAGAUUUAUUUUUUAAAUCAGCUAACAAAAUAGUUAUAUUUUAAAUAAGUCUUCAAAAAAAAGAAAAAACGGGUUACAGAGUCCUUGGGAUUGGAUCUUUUAAUACUAUUUCAUAAAUCCAGAUAAUCUGAUAGUUAUCAUCCAUCAGAUUUUUUGUCAGUUAACAGUACCUAAUUGGUAAGCUAGAAAUGAACUCAUGAUUUAAAAUCCCUUAACUUAAAAAAAUUUGUGUUUGUAGUUUUGUUACCGAACAGAGGCAAAGUUAGGCUUGAUAAUGAUUAAAGUCAGUUUUCCAGAGGCAUUGGGCUUUUUUCUAAGAGAAAAAUGUGUAAAGAGAAAUAGCCAUUUAGUUUUACUGCUUGUAAAACUGAAUUUUUUCAGGAGGUUAAUAAGGAACACUUCUACAUGUGCUUUAAGGAAACAUUUUUUUUCUUCCCCAAGAGAAUAUACUUUAAAUAAAGAAUUUUGCUUGUUUAUAGUUUGUUUUAACAUGCUUUUGUGCUCAUGAUGCAAUUGAAAUUAUUACCUGCUUCCUGUUUCUGGCUCCACAGCUACUGCAGCUUCACCUUUGUGUGGAAAAAAACAGCUUUCUACAUUACUUCUCAUUCUGCCAAGUAUUACCAAGAAUAUAUUGACUUCCUCAGUAACAGAAAGGAAAACUGGUGGUAAAUAAUUGGAAUGAGAAGUGGCAGAACCUUGUUUUCAUCAGGAGUGUCAAAAUUAACAAACACCUUAAAAAAGACAAACUGAAUUUAUACAUACAAUGUGUCAUAAUGGAAAAGAGUUGUAUAUGUUAAUCAUUUAAGAAAAUGAUAAUUAAUGCUAAUCUUUUAGCAUAUAUUAUGAAAGCUAUAGUUCAUUUUUGUGAGAAAAGGAUGUUUGGGGCACAAACUGCUUAUUCACUUGAAAGAAGAAUUAGAAGAACUCUACCACACUUCAUAUUACCAAAAAAAAAUCUGGAUAAGUGACGGGCUAAAUAUAAAAAAAAUAUAGUACUGUGUAUUAGAUAGAUUAAAUAAUUACCAAGUUGUUUUAAAAACUG